AUGUCAAAGAUUGAAGAGAUCGACACACGUGUUAAAGCAUACCUAUACAAUAUUGGAUAUCACAGAUGUUCUCGGGUACAUGCUACGGUGAACAGAACGUGGACGAUGACAUCAAACAUUGCAGAGUCAUUGAAUGCGGUAACCAAAGAUACAAGGGAGCUGCCCAUAGUAGAACUAUUAGAGUACAUAAGGACUCCUCUUGAACGUUGGACUAAUGAAAAGUUAGUGAAUGCAAAGGGUACGUUCACAUACUUUGGGAAAAAAUACAACAAAGAGUUGGAGGACAACAGAACAUUAUCGCAGAAGAUGAGAGUGAGGGCUUCAACAAAUUACAUCCAUACUGUGGUAGAUGGUGUGAAGCGCUUCAUUCUUGAUGAACUUCCUUGUGCACAUGCUUUGGCGGCUUUGAGGCACAGGAACGAGUCUUAUGAAAGCUAUUGUUCUCCUUAUUACACGAGGGAGAGCCUUCUGUAUACUUAUGAAAUACCAGUAGACCCGAUGCCUGACGAAAGUAAAUGGAAUAAUCUACAACAUAUAGCUGAAGAAGUUGUAAAGCCACCUACUGGGGAAAGGCAGCCAAGGAGACCUAAAAAACAAAGAUACAAACCAUAUGAAGAAGUAAAUGCAAAGAAGUACAAGACAUAUGAAGUUGUAUUUGUUCUAUUCUGGAGAAUUAUAGUUGUGGUGUUAUUGUGUUGCUAA